AUGGAGCAAUUACUGAUGGUAGCAAUCAAAGAGGAAGGUUUGAUACCAAUUGUCGAGAGAAGUAUGGUGGUGAUUAUAGGUAGAAGAGGUUGUCACAUGAAUUACGUUGCUCAGAGAUUGUUGGAAAAAUUAAAAGCUUAUCCAACAAUGCAUGAAGUUAGUGAAGAGUUUGUAGUGAGGAUGACAUUCAUGCGUAUCCUUGGAAGGACUCUCAGAGGAGAUGAUAAGAUUUUGGCUGCACCAUUGUUUCCAGUGAUAUUUAUUGGGGGAAAACUGGUUGGGGGUUUGGAUCGGCUCAUAGCUAUUCAUAUCGCUGGCAAGCUUAUUCCUAUGUUGAAAGAAGCUGGUGCUAUUUGGCUCUGA